AUGGUACCCGUCGCGAUCUACCAGAACACUGUGGACAUGCAUGCACAAGCUUGCCCCCGCGCCAGGCGUGGCCACGAAGAGCAGGCUGCGCGCAAGGAAGAGGACAUCGCAGAGCGCGACAAGACCAUCCUGCAUCUGCAAGCUACGGCUGAACGGUUUGAGCAGGACAUACUGGUGAAG